UGCAAUUCAUGACUCUGUACACUAUAGACAAGUGUACUAUUAAAAUUUUGAUACAUAAAUUUUUAUUUAUCACAUAAAAUUUAUGAUAAAAUAUAUUUUGCAUUGUUAUUCAACUAUAAAGUAUUAAUAAAAAUUUCUGGAAACAAUGGCAGCAUUUUUUAGUCAAUCAUCAGAGCAAGCGUAUGAUGAAGACGACGAAGUCAGUGGCAAGAAGAGAAAAAUAAUCAUCCAUUCGGAUGACAGUGACAAAGAUGAAAAUUCAGACGAUAAAAGUUUGAAAAGUGGAAAUGCGGAAAGUGACGAUGAUAAUAAUUUUGACGAUCGUCUAGAGGACGAAGACUAUGAUUUAUUAGAAGAAAAUUUGGGUGUACCUAUUCAAAGAAGACGUUUCAAACGUUUAAAACGAAUGCCCAUUAAUGCAUCUGACGAUGAAGAAGAAGAAGAAGAUGCGGAGGCUACGAAACAAGAUAUUGCUACUAGCUUAUUCAAUGGUGGUGAUAACGUGAAUGAUGGACGUAGUUCAAGUGUCGAGUCUGAUCACCAAGUAUUUGAUCUCGACAACAGUAAUGAAGAAGCUUCAUCAGACGAAGAUGAUUUUAUAGUUGACAACAAUGAUAGACCUUUGCCGAAAAGAAAAAGAUAUUCUGGUGCUGACUCUGCUUUAAAUGACGCACGAGAAAUUUUUGGAAUAAAUUAUGAUUUCAAUGAGUUUAACAGUCAGUGUGACGACGAUACUUACGAAGAAGAAGAUGAAGACGAGGAAGAUACUGGGGGUGUAUCUGGACGCGGUAGUCUUCCAUCUAGGCGACAAAAAAAGAAACAAAAAAAAAGUUCUACAAAGAACAGUACUGAUAUUUUUCAUGUUUAUGAACCAGCUGAACUACAGCAAGCACAUUACACGGAUUUCGAUCACCAAAUUCGAAGCACAGACAUCCCAGAGAGGAUGCAAUUGCGUGCAACACCGAUUACUCCUGUAGCCACAGGAUCUGAUGAGCUUGAUCAGGAAGCAGAAUGGAUAUACAAGCAAGCAUUCUCUCAGACUAAAAUUCUCCAACAAGUUGAAGAUUAUUCGAGUGGAUUUAAUGAUUUUCAAUCUAAGGGUCCAGAAUCUGUAGAGAAAAUAAAAAAUGUAUUAAACUUUAUGCGUAAUCAGCAUUUCGAAGUACCUUUUAUAUUUUUUUAUAGAAAAGAAGAAAUUCAACCAGAGUUGAACAUGAACGAUUUGUGGAAGAUAUAUCAGUUUGACGUUAAAUGGUGUCAAUUACGGCAACGUAAAGAUAAGUUGAUUCGUUUAUUUGAAAAUAUGAAAGAUUUUCAACUUGAUGAAAUUAUCAAAUACCCUGAUCAACCUCUCCCAGAUGAUGUUAGAAUAAUUAAAGAAGAUGAUAUUGAACAACUAAAGAAUGCACAAACUGACGAAGACUUAAAAGAUGCUUAUAACCACUUCAUGCUUUACUACAGUCAUGAAAUUUCGGCAAUGCAAACGGCUGUGAAAUUGAAAGCGGAAAAAGCCAGGCUACUGAAAAAAAUGGAAAAGCGUAAGCAGCAACUGGAAGCUGAGCAAAAUGGUGAAGAUCAGAGCGAUAAUGAGCUAGAAGAAGUUGAUAAUAAUCUCAAGCAAGCUAUACGUCGGGGACCUUACACAUAUUACAGACGAGCUGGGCUCUGUACUUUUGCCAAAAAAUUUGGUCUCACGCCGGAACAAUUUGCUGAAAAUUUAAGAGAUAAUUAUCAGCGUCACGAAGUUGAUCAGGAUGCUAUUGAACCCAGUGUAUUAGCCGAAGAUUUUCUGGGAAAAUUUUACCAGUCAACUGAACAAAUUUUGAAAGCUGUUACAUCAAUGGUGGCGAUCCAAUUGGCUCGAGAACCUAUUUUGCGAAAAAGCGUACGUGAAAUGUAUAUGGAACGUGCUAAGAUAUCAGUACGACCCACUAAAAAAGGUUUCAAACAAAUAGAUGAAAAUCAUCAUCUUUACACUGUUAAAUAUUUGAAGGAUAAGCCUAUUAGAGAAAUGGUUGAUCAUAUGUGGCUGAAGUUAUUAGCAGCUGAAAAAGAUGGCCUGAUAAAAAUGACUCUAAGCGAUACAGUUGAAGGCACGAAUAGUUCUGAUUUUAUUGAAGACUUCAAACAAUUAUACGUCAGAGAUGAAUUUAGUAAAAAUGUUCAGGAUUGGAAUGAUUUACGUAAAGCCAGUGUAGAGUUGGUUUUUAAAAAUUACGUUAUACCAGACUUGAAGAAUGAGCUUCGUUCAAAAAUAACUACCGAAGCUGUGGAGUCAAUAAUACAAUUAUGCUGUCGUAAAUUAUCCAAUUGGAUUAAAUUUGCACCUUACACCUGUGAGUUUUAUAAUGUUGAUGAAAAUAAUGAUACUGAAACGUGGCAAACUACCUCAGGUAUUCGGUCAAUGGGAAUUUCUUACGUCCCUGAUUCUUACGAAGCUGCUUUUGCCGCGAUGGUUGCUCCAACUGGAGACGUUGUUGACCAUUUAAAACUUCCUCAUUUGUUGAAACGAAAAAAUAGUUACAAUGAGAACGAAAAACUUCUCAAAGAAUCGGAUUUACUCUGUCUAAAAAAUUUCAUUCGCAAGUUUAAACCUCAUGUUAUUGUUGUCGGCGGUGCAUCCAGAGACGCACAGACGAUUGUUAACGAAGUUAGAGAAUGUUUGACAACUCUCAGUGACGAGGAACAGUAUCCCGCUAUACAAGUAGAAAUAUGCGACCCAAAUGUAGCCAAAGUUUAUUCACUCAGUAAUAGAGGAGUAGCUGAAUUCAGCAACUAUCCACCUCUACUAAGAGAAGCUAUUUCUCUAGCUCGGCGUUUACAGGAUCCUCUGGGUGAAUUUUCUCAGCUUUGUAAUUCAGAUGAAGAUUUAUUAUGCUUGAAAUUUCACCCGCUUCAAGAUUUACUGCCAAAAGAAGAACUUUUGGAGAAUUUGUACAGAGAGUUUGUCAAUAAGGUCAACGAAAUUGGUGUUGAUCUUAGUAAAAAUAAAAUUUAUAAUGAUACUUUACUCCAAUUUGUCUGUGGAUUAGGUCCAAGAAAAAGUCGUGGAUUGUUAAAAAUAUUAAAAGACAAAAAUACUAUGCUGGAAAAUCGGACUCAAUUAGUGACUGUUUGUCAUAUGGGUCCAAAAGUGUUCAUUAAUUGUUCUGGAUUUAUAAAAGUAGAUACGACUGCUCUCGAGGAACGUACCACUGACGCUUACAUUGAGCCUUUAGACAGCACAAGAAUUCAUCCUGAAACUUAUGAAUGGGCUCGAAAAAUGGCCGUCGAUGCUAUGGAAUACGAAGAUGAAAAUUCGCAUCACGUCGGCGCGGUUGAAGAAGUAAUGCAAACUCCUGAGAAGCUUCUGGAUCUAGAUCUAGACGCUUUUGCAACUGAAUUAGAGAAACAGGGUUUUGGAAAUAAAACUACCACACUCUAUAGCAUCAGAACGGAAUUGACGGAGCGUUAUAAAGACCCUCGAUCACCCUAUGAGUCUCUUUCCUCGGAAGAAUUAUUCACGAUGCUUACCAAAGAAAGCGCCGAGACUUUCUGUGUAGGAAAAUUAAUCAAUGCAACAGUAAUUGGAUUUAGGUUUAAAAAACCCGACACUGAACAAAGGGAUCAGACAAAUCCAGUGAAAAAUGAUGAAACUGAGCUCUGGGAAUGCCCGUUUUGUACAAAGAAUAAUUUUUCUGAACUUGCAGAUGUUUGGAAUCAUUUUGAUGAAGAUUCAUGUCCUGGUAAAGCUAUUGGUAUUCGACUGCGUUUGGACAACGGGUUGUCUGGAUACAUUCACGUGAAAAAUAUAUCUGAUCAACAUGUCGAUAAUCCUGAGGAUAGAGUGCAAAUACGACAAACAAUAUUGUGUCGUGUUACUAAAGUUGACAUGGACCGUUUCAGCUGUGAGUGCUCCAGUAAAAGUAGCGACCUCACUGAUGAAAACAACACAUGGCGACCUGCCAAAGAUACUUACUACGACCUAGAAGCUGAGGAAGAAGAUAACAGAGCUGUAGAAGAGAUCAAAAAAGAUAAACAGCACGUUUAUGUUAAACGCGUCAUCAUUCAUCCCUCAUUUUAUAACAUAAGUUUUGCUGAAGCUGAAAAAAUGAUAAAAUCCAUGAAACAAGGUGAAGCUAUCAUCAGACCUAGUAGCAAGGGUACUAAUCAUUUGUCAGUUACUUGGAAAGUUACUGAUGAUAUUUUUCAACACAUCGAUGUUGUCGAAGAAGAAAAAAGCAACGUUUAUACUCUAGGACGCAGUCUAUGGAUUGGAACCGAAAAUUUUGACGAUUUGGAUGAAAUUAUUGCAAGAUAUGUUAAUGUUAUGGCUGGUUACGUCUCGGAGAUACUGGAAUUCAAAUAUUACAACAAAGAGGUCCUGGGUUUUAAAGAUAAAGCUCAAGAAAUCUUAAAGGAGCUGAAAAAAAAUAAUCCCACUGGCAUUCCUUAUAUUAUAUCCGCUUCUAAAAAUCAUCCUGGUAAAUUUUUGCUCUCAUAUCUUCCACGAGAAAAAUGUUAUCAUGAGUAUAUUACUGUCACGUCGCAAGGAUUUCAAUUUCGUAAUGAAGUAUUCAAUAAUCUUGAUUUGUUAGUACGUUGGUUUAAAAAACAUUACAGAGAUCCAAUUGUUGAGCCUCCACAAUCAGAACUAACACCGAAAGAUACUCCUUCGGACUUUGCUGGCUUAGCUGCUUAAAUUUGUGUUUAGUACUAUAGUGUUGACAUUUAUUAUUCACUGUUAGUUAAGUAGUUAAAAAGUAUUACUAUCUUUAUAACUUUAUUUAAGUAUUUGUGUUUAUUUCUGGAUAAAUCAUUUGUUGCUAUUGUAUCCAGUUAUAUAUAUUUUUU